UCCGGCGACGCACAGUGAAGCUUUUUCGGUUCCGGAGAGGGACUUCCGGCUCGUAACCCCGGCAACCGGAGGAGAGAACGACUGGACCGAUAAUACGAACAAGCCGGUGGGGGAGAGAGAGUGGAAAACUGCAGCAGCCGCCAUGGACGAGGCGAAUGAGCUGGAGCAGAUGUUGACGGAGGAGCUGGGCAUCUCCAUGAGCGAGCUCCGCGAGUUCAUAGAUCGGGAGGUGGAGAAGAUCGACUUUGUGAAGCAGAGGAAGGCUCAGCUGAUGGAGCUGGAGCAAUGGGUCACGCAGAAAGAGGAAGAGGUCAACCACGUGGACAAGCUCUUUGAUAACGCGUCAAGGGCGGUGAAUGACUGCGAAAUGAUUGUGAAAACCCUAUAUACCCAGAUGGGCCUGACUUACAAGGAAAGCAGUUCAGAGGACGAGGGGGCCGACGGGAAACCCGUGGAAGUCAUCGAGAUCCCAGAUGAAGAGGAUGAUGAUGUCCUAAGCGUGGAAUCAGGUGACGCAGUAAGUAAGGCGCCAAGAGAAAAGCAUCUGUUAAAGGAAGCGAUGGCUGCCAUGAAGCGAUCGCGGCAAGAUGUGCAGAACAUAGUGGACGCUAUGCAGAAGAAAUCAGAUGGACCUCAAGGCAGAUUUUCCUCCCAUCCUUCAUCGCCUACGAGCUCUGUAGGGGGAUCCAACCAAGCCAGUAUGACCAACGACAUGAGCAGAGAUGGAGACCUCGUCGUCGGGAUGCGUAUUCUUGGCAAGAAGAGGACCAAGACUUGGCAUAAAGGAACCCUGAUCUCCAUCCAGUUAGCGGGCACUGGCAAAAAAUUCAAAGUGAAGUUUGACAACAAAGGGAAGAGCCUCUUAUCUGGAAACCACAUCGCGUACGACUACCACCCUUUACCCGAACAACUCUUCGUAGGAAGCAGGGUGGUAGCCAAGUACAAAGACGGCAACCAGGUGUGGCUGUACGCUGGAAUUGUGGCUGAACCUCCAAGCAACAAGAACAAGAUGAGAUAUCUGAUUUUCUUUGACGACGGAUACGCCUCGUAUGUUACGCAAUCAGAACUGUACUCCGUCUGCCGGGCACUGAACAAGUCGUGGGAAGACAUCGAGGAUGUUUCCUGCCGCGACUUUAUCGAGGAGUACGUCACGGCUUACCCAAACCGUCCCAUGGUUCUUCUGAAGAGCGGACAGAUGAUCAAGACAGAAUGGGAAGGAACCUGGUGGAAAUCCAAGGUGGAAGAAGUAGAUGGAAGCCUGGUGAAGAUUCUGUUCUUGGAUGACAAACGUUGCGAGUGGAUCUACAGAGGCUCCACUCGCCUGGAACCCAUGUUCAGCAUGAAAACGUCCACGGCUUCCAUGCAAGAGAAGAAGCAGUCUGGACAGCAGAGGACACGGCCUAACGUGGGUGCAGUUCGCAGCAAAGGGCCGGUGGUACAAUACACUCACGACCUGACCGGGGACGAAUCUCAGUAUAAGGACACAGCACCUGCCUCACCACAAUCUAUACCAUCGCCUCUGCUCAUUGACACGGACUCUGACAGUCAGCAGGCUCAGUCAAAGAAGCAAGUGGCCAAGAAAAGCACUUCUUUCCGUCCCAACUCGGCAGGCUCUGGCCAGACUUCCCCUGUGCUCAGUGAAUCUACACCUGCACAACGCACCAUCGAGAACACGCAGCCCGUCCAGGCCAACCAGACCAUCCACACCCUUCAACCCAGCCAAACCUUCCAACCCAACCAAACUAUUCAAACCUUCCAAACCAACCAAACCUUCCAAGCCAACCAAACCAUCCACACCUUCCAAGCCAAUCAAACCAUUCACGCCUUUCAACCCAACCAAACCAUCCACGCCUUCCAAGCCAACCAACCCAACCAAACCAUCCACGCCUUCCAAGCCAACCAACCCAACCAAACCAUCCACACUUUCCAACCCCUCCAGGCAAUUCAAACGCUGCAACCCAUACAGGCUAUUCAGACAAUACAGACUUUCCAGACUAUACAAGGACAGCACAUUCAAACUAUCCAAACUGGCCAGCCCAUCCAGGCAAUCCAAACUGGCCAGCCCAUCCAGGCAAUCCAAACUGGGCAGACCAUCCAGGCAAUCCAAACUGGGCAGACCAUCCAGGCAAUCCAAACUGGGCAAACCAUCCAAGCAAUCCAAACUGGGCAGACCAUCCAGGCUCUACAAACCGGGCAGACCAUCCAAAACAUUCAACCCAACAGGUUUUUGACUACCGUACAGCCGAUCAAGAUAAUACAGGCAGAGAAUCUGCCGCAGGAGACGAGCUACAAGGCACCCAAGGAUAAACUCUUCUACCUGCCCCAUGUCUGCAGCUACUCUUGCUUGUCUCGUAUUCGCGUCACCUCCCACAGGGGCAAGAAUCCCCUGCUAGUCCCGUUGCUUUAUGACUUCCGCCGGAUGACCGCCCGGCGGCGGGUGAAUCGCAAGAUGGGCUUCCACGUUAUCUACAAGACACCGUGCGGCUUAAGCCUGCGCACCAUGCCGGAGAUCGAACGCUACGUCUUGGAGACGAACUGCGACAUGCUCUUCCUGGAGAUGUUUUGCUUGGACCCGUACGUGUUGGUCGACCGAAAGUUCCAACCGCAGAAACCCUUUUAUUAUAUCCCAGAUAUCACGUACGGCAAGGAAGACGUGCCUCUGUCCUGCGUCAACGAGAUAGACAGAACACCACCGCCUCAGGUGGCCUACAGCAAGGAGAGGAUCCCGGGCAAAGGUGUCUACAUUAACACUGCCCCAGAGUUCAUGGUGGGAUGCGACUGUACAGACGGUUGUAGAGACAGGUCCAAAUGUGCCUGCCACCAGUUGACGGUUCAAGCUACGGCCUGUACCCCGGGAGCCCAGGUUAACCAUUCAGCUGGGUAUCAACACAAGCGUCUGGACGAGUGCCUACCAACUGGAGUAUACGAAUGCAACAAAAGGUGCAAAUGUAACCCGAACCUGUGUACGAACCGUCUAGUGCAGCAUGGGCUCCAGGUGCGACUUCAGCUCUUCAAAACACAAAACAAAGGCUGGGGGAUCCGAUGCCUGGAUGACAUAGCCAAGGGGUCUUUUGUCUGCAUUUACGCGGGGAAAAUCCUGACCGAUGACUUUGCAGACAAAGAGGGGCUUGAAAUGGGUGACGAAUACUUUGCCAACCUAGACCAUAUCGAAAGCGUAGAGAAUUACAAGGAUGGUUAUGAAAGCGAUGUCAAGUCCUCCUCCGAUAGCAGCGGCGUGGACCUCAAAGAGGAUGGGGAAGAGAAUUCUGGGAGCGAGGACCAAGAGGAGUCCAAUGACGACAGCUCAGAUGACAACUUUGGCAAGAACGAGGACAUUACCACCAGUUCCGUUUGGCGGAGCUAUGCCACUCGUAGACAGACAAGGGGUCAGAAGGAGAAUGGAACGUCUGAGACGGCCUCUAAGGACUCUGCUCUGGUCAGACAGACCAGCCAGGAAGAGGCCAACGACUGCAAACUACCCGAGGAGACAUCCAAGAACAAAGUGGCUUCGUGGUUAAGCUCCAACACCAUUACAGACUCUCUUAUGGAUUCUGACAGUAGGUCCUCUCUAAAGAUGGGAGAGACUUCAGAGACGGAUAAGCCAAACUUUGCUAGCAUAGACAUCGCUUCAAAAGGCACGAGGAAAGAAGAUGCCAGGAAGGCGCCUGAGGAAUCAAGCCGGAUGCCUGGGACUGGGGACAGCUCCAGGGUGUAUGGAUAUAACCCUUCCCCGGCCAAACCUGAAGGCAUCAGAAGACCUGUGACCAAAACCAGCAUCCACCAGCACAGACGCCAGUCCUCCCAGACUCCGGCUCAAGAUGAAGUCCUCAUGUUAUCCAGCAGCUCUGACAGCGAGAUGGGGAGCGCGGCAAAUAGUACUAAGAAGCAGUCCGCGCAGGCUGCAGCCAAUGACAGCGAUGACAUCCAGACUAUUUCAUCGGGUUCCGACGAGGAAGAAGAGAAGAAAAAUCCCUCUGCCAAUACUGGUCCGGUGAAAAGGCAAGUGGCUGUAAAGUCUACGCGUGGCUUCGCGCUGAAAUCCACUCACGGCAUAACGGUCAAACCCAACAUGCCGUCUGCCGACAGAGAAGGCACAGGCCGCAGAACGACGCGGCAGUUCUACGACGGGGAGGAAUCGUGCUACAUUAUCGACGCAAAGCUGGAGGGGAACCUUGGCCGAUACUUGAAUCACAGUUGCAGCCCUAACCUGUUUGUACAAAAUGUUUUUGUGGACACCCACGAUCUCCGCUUUCCCUGGGUGGCUUUCUUUGCCAGCAAGAGGAUAAGAGCUGGCACCGAGUUGACCUGGGAUUAUAACUAUGAAGUCGGCAGCGUUGCAGGGAAGAAGCUCUUAUGUUGUUGUGGAUCCACCGAUUGCAGAGGUCGUCUUUUGUAAGGUGGCAGCCAAUCAAAGGCAACGCUUUCUGAAGCAGAAAGGCUAAGCCAAUCACCUAGUCGAAACCCUCUCAAACCUUUUUUGUGUUAAGUCACUUUGUAAAGGCUGAAGGGUUCACCACCUUAUUUGUAGAGUUAAUUGUUUGUUUGAAUUUUUUUCCCCCAAUGUAUAAAUAAAAGUAUAAAUUUCACCUUGAGAAAUAA